AUGACAGAUGACAGUGCUACACCAGCAUCAAAAAAGAGGAAGCUCACCUUUGACAAUGAAAUUUUGAAUCCUUUAAAUUUUCAACCGAUGAUUAACAAACAGAAAAUAUCAACAGCUGUAAUUGAGAAGUUUUGGCAACCAUUAGAUUCUGUAAAUUCACAAUCGAUGGACAACAUCAUGAACGUUGCUUUAUUGAAAACACUUGAUGAGCUGCAUAGCAAAGUUAGCAGAAGCAUCACAAAUGUUUGGUUUAAUUCUGCAAACCCAGAAUCUUUCAAGUCACGUUUAUCACAAACAAAGCUUCCACCCCCUAGUUCUAUGUACAGUUCAAAAUUGAGGAUACGGGCGAAUGAAGUUGCCGACGUCUUAAGUUAUGAUUCCUUGACACGAAAGAGGACGGUUUUGGAAACAUAUUUACUGGCAGAAUUAAAACAAUUACAAGAGCUAGAGAAUCACUACAAUCAGUCAUUAUUGGCAUACAAGCUGGACUUGGAAUAUUUGAAGAAGUUUAAAUCAACGGUUAAAAACAACGAGCUGAAGUACAAUGAGGAGCUAGAACGUAAGCGUGAAGAGUUAAAUCUAAGUGUGCAAAAUAAAAACCCAGAUGAUAUAUAUUUAUUGUCAACUGAUAAUGAUUUUGACCCUGAGACAGACGAUGAUACCAAGUUCAUUCUUGAAACAAUACAGGAAAAUUUGUUUCAAUCAAAAUUAAAAAACUUGAAUGAUAAGUUGGAAGUGUUAUGCAAUGUUUUAGAUUAA